AUGACCAGCCCAGUGGUUGUGCAACCGCGCAAGGCCGAUCCUCUUGAAUCAUGGUGGGACUCGGAAAGAAAUUACGAUUCAGAUGACGUUACGCUAAUAAAAAGGCGCGUGUAUUCAAGUUCAAUGGUUUUAUUUAUUGGACUGGUCUUUCCUUGUUGUACAGUAGUCCAUGCUGUACCUCAAACAGUUGGCGUUUGUUUGGUCGUUACUUUCCCUAUAUUGUCAAUGUUACGCGUACCAUUACGUCAAGUGCUGCGUCCACGGGAUUUGACCGUUGUUAUUGGCAAACGUCACCUCAAAGUGGGCAUUAAGGGCCAGCCGCCUAUUAUUGAUGGCGAUCUAGAUGCCGAUGUGAAGAUUGAGGAAUCCACGUGGGUGCUUCAGGAUGGCAGGACUUUGCUGGUUAAUUUGGAGAAGGUUAACAAAAUGAACUGGUGGGGUCGUCUUGUGUCAACGGAUCCCGAAAUAUCGACUAAAAAAAUUAAUCCAGAACCAUCAAAGCUGUCGGACUUAGAUGGAGAGACCAGAGGUCUAGUUGAGAAGAUGAUGUACGAUCAAAGGCAAAAGGAGAUGGGAUUGCCAACCAGCGAUGAACAGAAGAAGCAAGACGUACUUAAGAAGUAG